AUGCAAGAAGGAAAAAAUCAUCUUGAUCCGCCACAGAAUUACAAGGGAGUUAAAUCGAAAUACUCAGCAGGUCAUGGUACUGAAGCAGCAAAGAAAGCUGGUAUUAACGCAGCUAUCGAUACAACGGUAUAUACUGCUCUAUCUACAGAUAAAGGGCGUCCUAACUUAAGCGACGCUGCAAAAACGGUCGUUACUGCUACCGGCGAGGCGUUUGUCACCUCAGCUGUUCCUGGUGGUCAAUUAUUGAUGACUCUUCGAAAAGCUGCUGCUAGUCAGAAUUAUGAAAACUUACCUGUUGACCUGUUGCUGGCUGCACCAUCUAUGAUUCCUGGAAAUCCUGUUCGUUUCGAACGUCAGCAUAUACAAACAAAAGCACCAUUAUUUGGCAGUAGUUUACGCUCAGACGACGUCGAAAGAAUAAGUGCUGAUUUUUCCCUACCAUUUCUCCGAAGUAUGCCAUCGAUUGGAGGAGAUAUUUCUCAAGUCACAGCCGAAAAUUCUCGAAAUGGCGUGACAACUAUCCGAAAAGCAACUGCUGCCAAUGCUCAUUUAAGCAUUGGUUCUGCGCUAGAAGGGUCUCUUGGACUUUUAUCUGGUACUGACACCGAGGAAGCAGUUAAAUCUGAGACUGCAGAUGGAGACAUUUGUACUACACAACGAGAAAAACAAUUCAGCGGACAAUUUGGUGCAAGCCUUCGGGCAGCUGAUCGAAAAGACGCAAUAGACAUUGGUCCUGCCUUCAAUGAAGAAAUCAAAACAACCAGUGUUAAAAGCAAGGCUGAUGGAAAUGCAAUCUCUAUAUACAACAACUUACCGUUAAGGCAUUUGAAAGAAGUGGAAGAUAACUUUCAAAAAGGUUCUGGAACUGCAUCAUGCGUGCACGAAAGUUAUGUAGAUCGUGAAAGAGCCGAAUUACCUACUGAUGGUCGUGUCCAAAGAAUUUGUACCGAGCAAACCAUUACUACUGACAAUAAACAAGCCUUUGGCUUUUGGAAAACAGGUCAUAAGACCGAAAACUUUGAUGUGUACAAAGCAGAAGAAAACACAGUUCAUCGUUUUGAUCAAGCGCUACCGAGCGAACUCGAAACAACACUCACUCAUAAUCACAUAGAAUUAUCUGGUCGUGAUUUGCGUGAAAGUAGUGAAGAAACAACAAACUUUUGGCUCUUUUCAAGUAAAACAAAUAAAAAGUAUCCGAUGGGGGAAAAACCCGAUAAAGAAGUCAUAAAAGCAGAAUGGUCAGACAAAACACGAAUAACAAGCAAGAAAGAUGGAAGUGCAUAUGAUGCUCGACAAAGUACGAGUAAGGAUGGUACAACCGAGAUCACAGAAAUCGAAAAUGAUUGUUAUAAGAAAAUAUAUCAUGCAGACACAAACGAUCAGAUAGAGUCAAUUAUAGGACAAAGAAAUACAAUCAGUAAAGAAGAAAACAGGCAGGGAUUUUUUCAGCCAGAAGUUAACACAAUUUAUUCCGAGACACAACAAGUUUUUGAACGUACAGCGGAACAUACUGAACUUCAAGCUCCGCAUUCAGUAGCAACUGUAAAUGUUAAACAAACUUAUGGACUCUUAACAAAUAAAACUGAAAAAAGUGUAACAAUUUCGAGAAGUGAAGAAGAUAAACCAGAAGAAUAUCAUGAAGUUGUAAAAACACUAGGUAGUGCAGCAAAUGGUGCUUUGAGUGCCUUGACAUCCAAUGGACUUCACUUGUUAUCUGAUCCCACGGCUCGUACGAAAGAAAAUGUUCUCAAUGCUGUCAUAGAUGCAGGAAUAGAAGGCGCAAUCGGAUUGGCACAUUCGAAUGUUGCUGCACAUCAAAACUCCAUUGGCUCAACUGCUGUAGCUGCUGCCGUCACAGUGGCUGGACAUGUCGUUAGAGGAAUGACAUCCUCAACUGACGAAGCCUCGUCCAUCAAAGAAGUAUUGAAGAAUGCAGCUCUAUCUAGCGCACCUUCAGUUGCCGUCGGGGCUGCAAAUCUAGUUCCUGGGAUGCCGGAUUUUCUGAAAAAUUAUGCCGGAGUAAUAGCAAGUUUAUGUAUUCAAACAGAGAAAGUAGUACAGGAGUAUCGAGAUGGCCAAAUGACCUUAGACGAAGCAAUAUUCACAAUCGCUCAAAAUGUUAAUUCCAUCAUUACCGAGUAUAGUAUCACAGCAUGUGCAGUACCUGCGCUAGUGGGACUGUUACCACUUGGUCCACUUGGAGCAUCUGUGGCUAGUUGUAUUUUAGUGCCUGCUAUGCGGUUAGCUGCAUCUCAUGGAAUAUCUCCAAACCCUCUUCAUCUCGAACGUCAACACACACAAGCGAAUGGACCAUUAUUUGGCAGUGAUUUACGUUCGGACACUGUCGACAGAAAAACCCUCGAUUUCUCCUUAACAUUUCUCUCUGAGGCCGCUUCCCUUGGACUUGCUUAUGAUAAACUACGAAGGGAAUCUUCGCGAGAUGGUGUGAAUACGGUCCGGAAUGCAACCGCUAUUAAUGUUCAUGCAAGUAUUGG